AGCUCGGCGGGACUCGGGCGAAUCAGUGUGCGAGUCUCUCUGCCAUUUGCGCGUCGGUACCCGGCUACGCGACACAGAGAGUGGUGUUACCGGAAUUCUACGUGUGUUCGCCGGUGCGUAAAGAGGACGCGGCUCUCUCAUUUGGUGCGUUCAUUAUAACGCGUGGUGCUUCAAUCUUUUCAACGAUAAUCUUAAAGAAUCUGAAGGAUGGCGGAUACGGAAGUAAAGGAUACAAAAGUGGCUACCAGCCCAGAGAAAAAAGUGAUAGAAGAAGAAAAGAAAGUAGUUCAGGAGGUUGAUGAGGACUCUAAAACCUCUGAAAAUGGUCAAGCCACGGAGACCACAGAAAAUGGUUCUAGUGAGGAAAAAGAAACAGAAGAAAAGGAAGAAGAAUCCACCGAAAAUGGUGAUUCCACAGAUGCACCAGCUGACAGCUGUUGUAUAAAGAGGAAAUCAACAGCUUUAAAUGACGCUGCGGAAGAUAAUGCUUCUGAUGGAGCAAGCCCUGAAAAGAAGUCAAGACUCGAAGAGAAGUGUGCCGAAGCGGAGAGCAAUGGAGACGCAGAAGCCACAGCUUAAUAUCUUCUUGUCACUACUAUUCUCAGUCUUUAUAUAUAGAAUCAAUUUUAACGGCUAAGCGCGAAGUCAGAACAGAUUUAAUGACUGUGCAUCGUCAGCAGGGGCGAGCAUUUUAUAUCAAAAGAUUGAUAUUAUGCUAAUGACAUUUGGCAUUUAGUGCAUCUAUGUGUGUUUAUUGCAAUAAUUUUUUUCAUCGAUCGGCGAUAACAGUAUGUAAAUCCAUACUAACACAAAUCUCGAAAUUCAUAAACAUCGAUUUUGUCCCCGUACUCUGGCAUCCGCAUAUAUAUUCAUUUAGCAUUAGACUAGUAAAGUAAGUGACACAUACAAAUAAUUUUAGGAAUAAUAUAUUUCUAACUUCUUAAAAUGAACAAACAGUGUGGUGCCUGAAAAAGAUACAUUUGUGCAAAAUAUUUCACUUACUAGUCCCCAUUGUUUCUGAUGCACAGAAGUAGGUAUAGGUAAAUAAACUAAUCUCAUAACCAGAGAUACAAAAUACAUUAUUUUUCUGCGAAUCAAAAUACAUUCCUAAAGUAGAAUACUUGUAUCUUCAAGUAUUUAUUUACUCUUUGAAAAAGAUCAUUAAAAAAAUCUUUACUCGCGAUGUAUACAUAUUGUGUAUAACAUUUUACUGUACUUUCAUUGGAUACAAAUAAUAAGUAACUCGUCAUGUUCUCUAUAUCUGACAAAUGCGCGCAGUGUUUGAAAUUUACAAAAAAAAACCUAAUUAAAAUAUUCGAGGAAUAAGUCUCUCAUUUCGCCUAAUGUAGUCUACAUGCCAGGAUUUGUAACGAAUCGCACUCUUGUUGGAAAGUUUUGUAAAAGGAAACAGUUUUUUUAAUUUUAAUGAUGAAUCUGUGCAAUUUACAAAGUAAAACUUUGAAGAAUUGUGUUCAAUAAUACAUAAUAACAUAUGUAUGUGUGUGUAUAGGACAUACUGGUGAGUAAACAUACCUGAUUGUGCUAACAGCAGUAAAAUCACUGCAUUUAUUUUUAGUAGCAAUUCUAUGGUCGUAGCACAUUUCGUGAACAAAAAUUCAAAUGUAUCCCAUAGAGAAACUAUAUAUCAUAUACAUGUAGGUGUCAAAUGCAAAUAAUUUAAAAAAACGAUUCGUGUAUACAUAUAUAUAUAUGUAUGUAUAUGUAUGUAUGUAUAUAAAUUACAAUCGGUACUUAUACUACCAAAUUGCUUUGUUCGUAGAGCCAGUUUCUGAUAAUUUGAUUUAUUGUAUAAGUAUCAAUGAACAACUACUAACAGAUUAGAAGUGAUUAGAAAAACCUAUACUCUACGAACGAUUCUGUUCAUAUUAUGUCUCUCUCACUUUACGCGAAAUCGAUUAGAAAUUUAGAUAUUUUUGUUUUAUUUAGGUUUGGCAGAGAUAUAACAAAAUUUAUAUUAAUAAUAAGUUCGGUAUCGACUUUUCUAAAAUCCAGAUAUAUGACAAUACUAUUUUAUAAGGAAUAAAAAGAAAUUUACUUUCUUUA